AUGGCGGCGAAGCGAGCGAGCCCAACUACGGAGCCUCUUACACCGCUAGGCUCGGUACCUCCAUCGUCGACGACCACAGCCUCUAGUACUGAGGCGCCUCGUCUGCUACACCCCCACACGACGCCAAAGGAAUCCUAUCCGGGAAAGUUGCAAAAGCACAGGCUGUCGCCUGCUGCUGCCGCUGCGCUGCCCUUGACCGGUGCAGCUGCUAUGGCAGAGAUGAAGCGAAGGUCACAACAAUCGCACCCGCAAACAAAUGGAGGGGGCUCUGCGUCGCGACGCACGAGCCCAAAUCCGGCGCAAAUCGCAUUGACAUCGUUGAUGGGAGGUGGAGGAAUGAGCAGGCCUACAGAUGCACCGACUCCUAGUAAACUCAGCGAGCCAUUGCGUACAGCCGCGGAGAAGAUUACAGUGCCAGAGUCCAUCGCGGAAAUGGACGAUUCGGAGACCAGUCCUGUCAGUAUGCGCAGUUUUGGAACAAUGGAAGGCUCUGGCAAUGGCAAUGGAUUGACGGCUACUACGAAAGACAACGCACAGUUUGUGACUGAGCCUGCUCAAAUGACGGACAUCACAAGUUACUCGAGGAAUCAUGGACACAGUGGGAACGGAAACAACCUGGCCGUUGAUCAAGAUGGCAACAAGGCCUUUUCAUACCCGGGACCGCCACCACAAACUCAGGAUUCGGAGGAUGGUGGGACGUCGCAAGGAGGAAUAGCUCGGGGGAUGAGCCUCCCCGGCUACGGUCAACAAAACAGCCCCAAAUCACCCGCAUCGUCGAGCAAGAGGCACAAGUGUCCCUACUGCUCGACGGACUUCACGCGGCACCAUAACUUGAAGAGUCACCUUUUGACACAUAGUCAGGAGAAGCCAUACGUGUGCCAAACCUGCCAAGCGCGCUUUCGAAGAUUGCACGAUCUGAAGCGGCAUACAAAGCUUCACACGGGAGAAAGGCCUCACAAAUGCAAUCAGUGUGGUCGUCAGUUCGCGCGAGGCGAUGCGCUUGCGAGACAUAACAAAGGACCGGGAGGCUGUGCAGGAYGGCGGUCAAGCUUCGGUGCGGAAGACGAGUACGGUGACGGGGUCGGCCCCGACGGCAUGGACGGUGUCGAAUACGAUGAUGGAAACGAGCGGGAGAGCGAGCAACAGGAUCAGGCUCGCCGAAUCAGCGAACCCAAUCGCAAACGCCAGCAACUGGAGACUCCUCAAGACACGAAUCGAGAAGUGUAUCGGCAGCACUCGAGCACAUAUCCACCAGCACCGACCCGAUCUAUGCAGGGCAGCAUGGGUCCACCUCAGGUAAUUCACCCAGGCUCCAGCAGCACUUCACCGCACGAAAAUCCUAGCCACCACAGCCCGGCGCCGGGGUCUUAUUACAGCCAAGGUCAGGUUUUCUCGGAGCCGGGCAUGAUGACUUCAUCUCCGAAGCCGCUUUCGCCUGGUCAGCCUCCAGAUCAGCAUCGACUUGGUGUCGGGGAUGGAGCAGGACCUGGCACGCUUCAGCGGAACCGCUCCACGAGCUUGACCAAGCAAUUUCAACAAGCGUACUUUGGUCGUGGUAGUGGCACUGGGACUGGCGGGCGAACUCCACCGCCCCCGACGCACCAAUUUGCCUUGCAGCAGCAAGGCGCGCAGCUUAACAUUCUGCCUCCUCUGGGAGCAAGCUCUCAGCCACCGGCACGGGGCGGCAUGCAGCCGACCGUUCCCGUGCCUAACAUGUCGGGCGUGCAAGGCCACCACCAACAACAGCUACCUUCAGCUUCUGGACUAGCCUCUAAUUCGGGAAGCCACUMCAGUCAUGGGAGGUCCUCUGGCAGCAGCAUGCGUGAUAUAGCUGGACAAGAUCCCAGCGAUAUCUGGACCUAUGUGCGCCAGCUAGAAUCACGAUUCAGUCGGAUGCAAGACGAGUAUGAACUGCGUAUUAGCAGACUGCAAGAGGAAGUCAUUUCGCUCAAGGGACAAAUGGGCAGCAUCUCUAACCCGGCCAGCUAUAGCAGCGACAUGGGGCAGCGACCUUACCCGGGAUGA